CUGUUGACCGUGGAGUGCCUGCCGUUCCCGCUGGAGGUCCUGUUGCUGGAUCCAUUGGAACCUGUUCCCGUGCUGUUCAUGGAGUCCCUGGAGCAGCUGUUGACCAUGGAGUGCCCGCCGUUCCCGCUGGAGCUAUCCCUGGAUCCAAUGGAGUCGUCCCUCUUGCUCCGGGAUCAGCCGCUGAUGCUUCCCAAGCCAUCCCUGGAUCUAUUGGAGCCUCUCCUGGUGCGCCUGAUGCAGAAGCUGAGGCCCCCGGAUUGUCUGAGGCCAUUCCUGCCUACCCUGGAGCUUCUGAAGACAUCCCUGUGACGGCCGGAGCCUUCCCGGUUGCAUCUGUCCCUGGAUUGAUCCAAUCCGUUCCGGCUACUUCCCAAGUCGCCGCUGCAGACCAUGGAUCCUCCGAUGGAAACUCUUGUGUCGUCGCUGGAUCUGCCGGAGCUAUUCCUGCCCUUGGAGCGAGUGCCUCUCCCGAAAUUGCCACUGGAGGUUCCAGAGCUGUUCCUGCAUCUUCUAGUGCCACUGCUCAUCCUGGAGUCGCCGCUGUGGUCCCUAGUGCCACGCCUUGCCUGCCCGGAGCCGGCUCGUCUGCCAGGAGUGUGCCCACCUACUACUACGGGAGUAUCGCCACUAGUGAAGCCACGCCCACCGGGUCGUCCUCCUUGCCCAGACACGUGCCAGCUUUCGUUACACCCUCUGGACCGCCCCUUUCCAAAGGUGGACACUUACGCCAACUGUUGGAUAGAAUUCAAGCCAAGACUUCUGGCUGCACACCGCUCCUACCUGUGGUCACUUGUCAACCUAGUGAACGAAGGACACCAGAGGGUUCAUCACUCGCCAAGUCUGCUCACACGUCCUCCUCUGCCAAGGACACGCCCACCACACCCCAGUCUACAUUCGCAUGCUACGUCUGCGGAUUGGAGUGUACGAGCAGAAGGGGCCUCAGAAGGCAUACAAGGACGCACGUGCAGGAGAAAGACAGUCAGCUCCACCCACCUCCUGACAGAAGGGUAGCUGCGAGCAUUCCUGGGUCAUUGAUCUCGCCCGUAUGUCAUCAUACACGGGCUCGGACGGCGGCUGGUCAUGCCUGCUCAUCGAACACACUCACGAUCUCACCCCCACGCACUUACGCUGAAGCUCUUUCUUCGCCAUCCAUGAGAGAGAGUUCUGCUCAUCCUGCUUCAACCGGUCCUCUCUGCGCAGUGAUCACCUCCACCGCGGGGACGGAGUCUCUGACGUCCAACGUACCUGCUAAAUCCAAGGUGAAUUCUACUCCCACCGUCAUACCUGGACCAAAGACUAAUGCUUCCACACCUCAACUGGCGUCUGCCGUCACCUGCCCGGAUUGUGGUCGCUCCUGCCUGAAUAAGAAACAGCUGCGGUCCCAUCGUCACCUCCGUCACAGACAGGCUCCGCCUCCCACCUCUCCUGGAGACGAUGACUUUACCUCCUCAACUCCUGAGACACUGACUGACGCCGCUUCUUCACCGCCCGCUGCUCCUGCACCAGGCCCCGUCCACACGGACUGCACUGCCUCUGGCUCAACAGACGCUGCUCCUCAACCUGCUUUAACUGCCACUGUCCCGGUGACCACUUCGCCUAGUAAAGACCUACCUGGUGAAUCCGAUGUCGCACCUCAAGUACCCUGCCAGACACGCUUGGAUACUACCUCCAGCGCUGGAGACACGACUGAUGCGGACGUCCUCAUCCUAUGCCUCACUCCCUCAGAAAGGACUGAUCUGCUCUCUGAAUUGCCAGACAGCACCCGGUCAUAA